ACCUAUUUCACUCACAUCUCUUCUUUUUUAUUUUUCUCCAUCGCAACAUCUGGCUCCUCUGUUCUGAGAUAUCCAAGUUUUCUCCUUUACGCGUCGACGAUCGACCAUGGAUAUUGACGAGGCCGAUGAGGUCGUUGUUCAAUCAGUAAUUCGUCUGCCCUCCCCUUCACCUCCUCCGUCAAAGCGCAAGCGUUCCCCUAAUUCUAGGUCCCGAUCACCCCGUCGCCGACGUUCACUCCCUCGUAGGCCAUCUCGGCUUGACUCUUUUGGCGGUGUCGACUCUGGACGCGCUCGGGAGAGGGAUCGUCAACUUAAUGAUCGCCUUAGAAAGCUUGACGUUCGGGCGGAGAGGACGGAGAAGGAAGUAGUGGAGAAACCGAAAUUUGAUGCGAAGGCAGAGUACGAGAAGCUUUUGUCUAUGAGGUCUGGCGGUACAUAUAUCCCCCCCGCCCGUCUGCGAGCGCUCCAGGCGCAGAUUACCGACAAGACGUCCAAGGAAUAUCAACGAAUGGCCUGGGAGGCUUUGAAAAAAAGUAUCAACGGUUUGAUCAACAAAGUGAACGUAUCCAAUAUCAAGCAUAUCGUCCCGGAGCUUUUCGGCGAAAAUCUUAUCCGUGGACGGGGUCUCUACUGUCGGUCAAUCAUGAAGGCACAAGCCGCGUCUCUACCAUUUACCCCUAUCUACGCCGCCAUGACCGCUAUCGUCAAUACGAAGCUUCCACAAGUUGGAGAGUUACUCCUGAAUCGGCUAGUGGUACAGUUUAGGAAGGCUUUCAAGAGGAACGAUAAGGCUGUUUGUUUGAGCAGUACUACCUUUAUUGCUCAGCUUUGUAAUCAACAGGUCGCAGAUGAGAUCUUAGCCAUUGAGAUACUCAUGUUGCUUCUGAAUAAACCUACGGACGACUCGGUGGAGAUCGCUGUAGGGUUGAUGCGUGAGGUUGGGGCUCAUUUGGAGGAAAUGGCACCAAGGGCAAACAAUCUUGUUUUUGAGCAGUUCCGGACAAUUCUUCACGAGGCUGGUAUCGACAAACGUGUCCAGUAUAUGAUUGAGGUGUUGUUUCAGGUUAGGAAGGAAAAGUAUAAGGAUAAUCCUAUCGUGAAGGAAGAGCUUGAUUUGGUGGAGGAGGAGGAUCAGAUCACGCAUAAGACAGAGCUUGACGAUGAGAUUGAUGUCCAGGAUGGAUUGAACAUUUUCAAAUUCGAUGCUGAUUGGGAAGAGCACGAGGAGUUGUACCGCAAGACCAAGGCCGAGAUUUUAGGAGAGGGGAGUGAUGUUGGGAGUGAUGAGGAAGAUGAAGAUGAGAGUAGCGACGAGGAAGAUGAAGAGAAGCAGGAAGACAAGAAAAUGGAGAUCCUGGAUCAAUCCAAUACCAAUCUUGUCAAUCUCCGAAGAACCAUAUACCUUACCAUCAUGUCUUCAAUUGACUUUGAAGAGUGUUGCCAUAAACUUAUGAAGAUUACUCUCCCGCCUGGCCUCGAAAACGAGCUCUGUUCGAUGGUAAUUGAAUGUUGUUCCCAAGAGCGAACCUACACGAAGUUUUAUGGUCUCAUCGGCGAGAGAUUUGCGAAAUUGAACCGAUUCUGGACUGGUUUGUUUGAAGAGUCCUUUGGAACAUACUACGAUACUAUCCAUCGUUACGAAACCAACCGGCUUAGAAAUAUCGCCCGCUUUUUCGGACAUCAGCUCUCGACUGACGCAUUGGGUUGGCAUGUGCUUUCUGUUGUGCAUAUUAACGAAGAAGAGACUACGGCUUCUUCUCGUAUCUUUAUUAAAAUACUUUUCCAAGACUUGGCUGAAGCGAUGGGGAUGAAAAGGUUGCAGGAACGGUUAAAGGACCCUUUCUUGCAGGAGGCAUUCUCAGGGCUAUUCCCCAAAGACAAUCCGCGAAACACGCGGUUCUCGAUCAAUUACUUUACCAGUAUUGGUAUGGGUGGGGUUACUGAGGAUAUGAGAGAACAUUUGAAAAACAAUGUUCCACCGCCUACUGCCAUAGUUGCACCGUCUGCUCGAUCGGAGAGCCUCAGUUCGCGCUCAAGUUACUCUAGCCGCUCUGGAAGCUCGUCUUCCGGAAGAUCAAGGUCCAGGUCAAGGUCUAGAUCUUUCUCCCGGUCGGUCUCAAGGUCACCAUUAAGGACACGGGAUGGAGGGCGAAAGAGGGGCCGUAGUUAUUCCAGCUCCCGAGAUUCUCGCAGCCGUAGCCAUAGUUACGAUUCUUACUCUUCGCGGUCGAGAUCCCGUUCUUAUUCCCGCUCGCGUUCGCGCUCUAGGUCUUUUUCUAACACUAGACCUACGAAAAGGGCUCGGGGACGCUCCUACACCCGUAGUAUAACUGGCUCUAGGUCGCCGUCCGGGUCUCUGACUAGAUCCCCCUCGAGUCGCAGAUCAGUUUCUUACACCCCGCCUCCGCGUAAAAGUGAGAGAGCAAGGUCGAGAUCGAGGUCAUACUCUUCCGCAGGGAGUUAUCGUCGCCGUCGAAGCGCUACUUAUUCCUCGCGAAGCCGCAGUGGUUCCCGCUCACCGACACCCCCGAGAAAGUCGGAUGGAAAUAAGAGCCGGAGCUCACGCUCUCCUCCCGCCUACAGGGGCCGCAGUUAUACUCCAGACCGAAGCCAAAGUCGAAGCCGUAGUAGAAGUAGGGGCUACGGUGGGAAAGGAAGCCGCUAUGACUUCUCCGGUAGAAAUGGAAAUAGAUCUAGGGGGCGGGAGAGAUACAGGGGUGAUGCGCGACCAAGAGACGACGACGGCGGCGAUGGCAGACGCGAAAGGCCCCUCGCCGCUGGUGGGGGAUAUGGCGGAAGGGGAGGAGGCGGGAGAGUUAGAGCUGCAGAUUUCUUGUAAUUCAGUAUCUUUCUUAUCAUUCAUAAUCUUUCGGACGAGCGAGGAGGAGGAUGAGGGUGCCAUCUCACUCACCGUCGGUUUUUUUUCUUUGAAAAAUUGUAUUUUUAACGUCCUUUCAAGGAUGCAACUGCACCGUCGGGGGAGUGGCGGGGGAAGGGGAGAUGGAGCUACGAUAUUUAAAAGUCGCGAUAGUGUGAUUUCUCUUUUGUAGUGCAGACUUAUCCAACGCCCUAUGGGCUGUCUUACUAUA